CUGCAUCGCAAUAACUUUCCAGAUAUCUUCAAAACUUUUUCAUCUUCUGCGAUCAUCGCGGAUCAUGAAGGAUUCUCUUUCCCUUGAGCUUGCCACGAGGACGGAGACCUUACUUUGGAUUGAAACUGUUUUGUUGGCCGUUAUCAAUGCCGUGGCCCUCUGUGGCAAUCUUCUUACUUGUUACGCUGUGCACAGAAAUCGGGGGCUUCGUACCCUUCCCAACAUGUUUGUAGUAGCACUUGCUGUAAGCGACAUUCUGAUGUCCAUUUGCUGUAUGCCUUUUUCAGUUGCAACAUUGUUUCGAGGAGAGUGGAUGUUUGGCGAAACUUUUUGUCGUUUUCACGGCUUGGGAGUGUUUAUGUUUGCAAUGGCUUCUAUCAAUACCAUGGUAAUAAUUGCAGUGAGCCGAUAUUUCCGUGUUGUGAAGUCAGGAAAGUAUACCGCAGUUUUUAAAAAACAAAGAGCCUUGAUGUACAUUGCUGUAGUAUGGUUGCUAGCGUUCGUUGGAUCUGUUCCUCCCUUCUUUUUCAAAAACGGUGCGGUUAAAUUUCAGGCGGGUAAAGCAAUGUGCAUGUACUCGUUUCAAAGUAACCUCGCUUACACCGUAUUUCUCGAGUGCGUUUACAUCGCAACCCCUUUAACGGUUAUCGUCAUCUGUUACGCCAAGGUCUUCUACACAGUGUCGAGAUCAAACAGAGUCUUCUUACAAGAAAAUAAACCCCAGCAACUUAGAGCGAACGUGGAAGAAGCCAAAGUGACCAAGACAUUAGCGGCAAUAAUGGUCGGUUUUACGUGUUGUUGGCUUCCUGUUUGUAUCGUGGAUAACAUUGACGCUGCCCGCGGGAGAGACACUUUGUCAAGACAGGUGUACCUUGCAUACGGGCUCUUGUGCUAUUUGAGUAGCACCAUCAAUCCCUUUAUAUAUGGUGCCACGAAUAAACAAUUCAGACAAGAGUACAAAACUAUUUUGAGUAACGUUAUUUUCUUUGGGUGGCAGAGUAAUGAUAACAACUAAGAAUGACAAACAGUUUGCUGCGCAAUAUUGCAGAGUCGAAGUUACAGAUGUUUUCACUUCUUUUUCACCCCAACCAAAUGACAGAAUAAGGAAAAGAGAGUUUUCGGAAUUACUUGUGUGUCGAGGGGACAGUGGAAACUGCUAUCUUUGCUUUACUUAAUGACAACGGAGUUUGCUUUGUUUGGUAGAAGGAUUUUUACUGAAUUUAAACACCCGUAAUUAAGAGAUAAAUUACUUUAUUUCCUUAAUAUUUUUUUCCCGUUUUUCCGCCUGUUUCAACGUCUGAUUGAUUGGAUCUAUCACGGUCGAUCGCUCAUUACUUUUAAAUCGAUUAGCGAAUCGUUUUGGAAUUUGCGGCUCAGCAUUUGCCUGGUUUGAAUCUUAUCUUAGAGAAAGAUUUCACUUUGUUAGUAUUCGGGGUGCUGGGUCUGCCACGCGUCCGUUAUCCUGCGGAGUGCCUCAGGGGUCCGAGCUGCGACUAAUAUUGUAUCUACGUUACACCUCGCCACUUGGUGAUAUCGUCAGACGGUAUAACAUAGGUUUUCAUUUUUACGCUGAUGACACACAGUUUUACCAGUUUUUCAAUUCCUUAGACGGGGAUGAUCAGGUUAGCUCGCUUGCUCAGAUUGAAUCUUGUGUUCGGGACCUCGAUCGUUUGAUGGCCCCUAACAAACUCAAAUUAAAUAGAGAUAAGACUGAACUACUUGUUCAGUAUUGGUUCUAAACAUCGGCCGUGCCCACUUCUCGACAGUAUGAUCCUGGUUGGCGAUUGUCGUGUAUGUCCGUCUAAAACGGCCAGGAACAUAGGUGUAGAUUUUGAUCAAAUUUGAUCGCUAGAUAAGCAUGUAAAUUUAGUUUGCAAAUCUGCCUUAUUCCAUCUAAGGAAUAUUGUUAGGAUUAGGGAGUACUUAACUGUCGAGAGCACUAAAGCUCUUUUUCAUGCCUUUGUCACUUGUCGCUUGGACAGCUGUAACUCGCUGCUCACCGGUCACCAAAGUAUUUAAUCAUCAAGCUUCAACGGAUUCAAAAUUAUGCCGCGUGCUUUGUAGUUCAACAGCCUAGGGCUGCGCAUGUAACCCCUAUCCUCAAGGUAUUGCUUUGGCUUUCGGUGGAACAGCGAAUUGCUUUUAAAGUUUUAUUACUGGCUUACAAGGCAAUUAAUAACUUAGCACAUUCCUAUGUAGGUCAAAUUUUAGUCCAUUACAAUCUACCAAGGAGUUUAAGAUCUGUUGGAAAAUAUCUUUUGGAAGUUACUAGGGUACAUCUAAAAACUUCUGGAGACAGAGCCUUCUGAGUUGCCGCCCCCAAACUAUGGAAUUAUCUGAUUGAAAAUAAUCAUUGUUACAGUCCAAGCAAGUCAUGACUCUGGCAAUGUUCCCUUCUUUUUAAAAAAUGCUGAUUGUGGUAGCAGUGCUACUUUAACAAAAAGUGCGAAAAUUAUGUUAGUUUUUCCAAACUAUGCCAAAAAUUAUUCUAGCACAAUCUAUAAGUGCCUAUUUCCAAAGAUUGACAAUAUAUCUACUAACGGAGACGUAAAAACAGGAAUGGCUGUGAUUAAUCCUACUCCCACAGACUUUUAAAUAUUAAGAAAUGGAACGCUAGUCAAUGCUAGUCCACUUUAUAUAAUAACUCAAAUUAUUCUCGCAGUUUGAUUGGUUCUCGACUAUGAUCUAUUAAAGGACAGACGCACAACUGACGUCAUCAUUAGAAAGUUUUUCCCUCUC